AUGAGCUGAGCUCCUGGAUCCAGCAGUCUUUCAAGCAUUAUGUUACACAGGAAGCUAAGCAGCACUUCAGCGACUAUGACAAAGAUGGUGAUGGAUUGGUGUCCUGGAAGGAGUAUAACUUGCAAAUGUAUGACCGUGUCAUUGACUUUGAUGAGAACACUGUCCUGGAGGAUCAAGAAGAAGAAUCAUUUCGACAGGAGAAAAAACGUUUUGAAAAAGCUAAUAGAGAUGAUGUUCCUGCCCUAAAUGUGGAUGAGUAUGUUGCCUUUGAACACCCCGAGGAAGUGGAGUACAUGACGGACUUUGUCAUUCAGGAGGCUUUAGAAGAACAUGAUAAAGAUGGUGAUGGAUUUGUUAGCCUGGAAGAAUUCCUUGGUGAUUACAGAAGAGACCCAACUGCAAAGGAAGAUCCAGAAUGGAUUCUUGUGGAGAAGGAUCGUUUUGUGAAUGACUAUGACAAGGAUCAUGAUGGGAAACUCAACCGUCAAGAGCUGUUGUCGUGGAUAGUGCCCAACAAUCAGGGCAUUGCCCAAGAGGAGGCUCUUCACCUCAUUGAAGAGAUGGAUUUGAAUGGUGAUAAAAAACUCUCCGAAGCAGAAAUUCUGAAGAACCAGGACCUCUUUCUUAACAGUGAAGCAACAGACUAUGGCAGGCAGCUCCACGAUGAGCGUUUCUACCAUGAGGAACUUUAGAUUUAUUUAUUUUGUAAUCUGGUUUUCUUCCCUUUCUUUCAUGUGGAGCUUUUGUCAAAAGCAUCCAUCAGCUGUGUUGCAAGUUUUAUGCUGUAAUUACAGUACACUAAUGUUUUGUGUAAAUAAUUUGCAUUCAGAAUUGGAUUGCCUUCCUGCAGACUUCCUGGGCCUCCUCUGGCCUUCAAAAUGCAUCUGAAAUACUUCCAAAACUCUAGAGCUUUGGGAGAUGAACUCCUUGGGGGGAGAACUGUGUUGUGAAGUUGUUCUGCUGUGCUUGAAGAAAGUGGAAAAUCUAAAUGGCUCUGAAAGGAUGCAAAAUGUAGUAACUGAGACUACUAUUUUUCUAAUCAGUCUAAUUAGGGUGGGGAGUGGGGAAGGUGGGGGAUGUCUAGAGUCAGUAUUAACUGUGGUUUAUUGAAUACCUUGGGAGAAACACUUAGAUCAAUGCCUCAGUUGUGGAAGAGGUUUCUACUUAAUUUUAAACUGUUUCUAUACUGUGUUUUACUGUAUCAUAAAACUUGCUAUUUUUACAUCUAUAGACAGUAAUUGUUUUUAAUGUAGAAUUCUACAGCAUUAGCAAUACAAUGGUAUUUUACCAUGUCAAGAUCCUCUUCAUUUGUUGGAUUAAAACUUCAAAUAUUCU